CAUUUCCUGCAUUAUCCCCAGUUCCAUAAUUUGCCAUUGAGGUACAUGUAACCCUUCCACCCUGCACAAAUCUCAGAACACAAGCUACACAACAAUAUACAUUUAACUUCUUGAUCAAGACAUAUAUCAGCUUUCAAAUUGCAAAACAAGGCCAAAUUGUGCUUGACCAAAAUAUUUUUCACCUAUGAUCCUAACUUGAAAAUAUCACACCGGAUGAUGAACAAAAAACAGAAUUUAGAGGAAAGAAUCAUUGUUCUUUACAGGUUGAAAUAACAACUUUUCAUAUGAAGUCAUGGCACUAGAAAGUAAUUUCCACUGAUUCCACCUGAAUGAAGAAAUGAAGAACUUUUUCUAUCAUCUUAUGCUGAAAAAAUAAACAACUUUUUCUAUGGUCACUCUUCAUAAACAAGGACGAAGAUGAUGACUGGUACUAGGAAGUUACUGUCCCCAACCCAUUUCCGGCCCAUCCCCACCAUUGUCCAUAACUCUCUUGCCGAUGACACCCAAUUGAAUUCUAUUGCACCGUUUUGCCCCAAAGACAUUUCCGGUUUAGCCACUGAUCUCAUCAAAUCAUAUUUUGAUAAGGGGUCCAUUGAAGAAGCACGCAUGCUGUUUGAUGAAAUGUCACAUAGAGAUGUUGUCACUUGGACUGCUAUGAUUACUGGCUACAAUUCUUGCAACCACCAUGGUCGUGCGUGGAGCGUGUUCUGUGAGAUGUUGAGAUACGGGACGCGGUCUAAUGAGUUCACCUUGUCUGCAGUUUUGAAGACAUGUAAGGGGCUGAGUGCGCUUUUGUGUGGGAAGUUGGUUCAUGGGUUGGCUAUAAAGAAUGGUACUCAAGGGUCAUCCAUAUAUGUUGAUAAUGCACUAAUGGAUGUGUAUGCCACUUGCUGUAGUAGCAUGGACAGUGCAAGAAUGGUUUUUGAGAGUAUCCUUAACAAGAAUGCUGUCUCAUGGACAACUUUGAUAACUGGAUAUACUCAUAGAGGAGAUGCUUAUGGUGGCCUUCGAGCUUUCCGCCAAAUGCUUCUGGAGGAAGGAGAGCUGAGCCCCUUCAGCUUUUCAAUUGCUGUUAGAGCUUGUGCAUCUACUGGCUUGGGUAAUUUGGGCAAGCAAGUACAUGCUGCAGUGAUUAAUCAUGGAUUUGAGUCCAAUCUUCCUGUCAUGAAUUCUAUCCUGGACAUGUAUUUCAAGUCUUGUUCAGCAUGCGAGGCAAAGCAAUUAUUCUUUGAAAUGAAUCAGAAAGAUACUAUCACAUGGAAUACCUUGAUAGCUGGUUUUGAGACAUUGGAUCCUGAACAAUCAUUCUGCAUCUUUUCUCAAAUGGUAUCUGAAGGUUUUAGUCCAAAUUGCUUCACAUUCACCAGUGUGGUAGCUGCAUGUGGUAACUUAGCGUUUCUGUAUUGUGGGCAGCAGCUUCAUGGGGGAAUUUUUCGUAGAGGCUUCAAUAACAACUUGGCAUUAUCCAAUGCCCUUAUUGACAUGUAUGGAAAGUGUGGAAACAUAACAGAUUCACAUAAAAUAUUUAGCCAAAUGCCAUGCAAAAAUUUGGUCUCCUGGACUUCCAUGCUGAUUGGAUACGGGGCUCAUGGGCAUGGAAAAGAAGCUACUAAAUUAUUCAAUGAGAUGGUCAGAUCAGGUAUCAAACCUGAUAGGAUAGUGUUCAUGGCAGUUCUGAGUGCUUGUAGCCAUGCCGGACUAGUGGAUGAGGGCCUGAGAUAUUUUAGACUAUUGACAAGAUUUUAUAAUGUUGCACCCGAUCAAGAGAUAUAUGGAUGUGUAGUCGAUCUGCUUGGGCGUGCUGGUAGAGUAAAGGAAGCUUAUCAACUAAUAGAGAAUAUGCCUUUUAAGCCGGAUGAAUCUAUAUGGGUUGCCCUUCUUGGGGCUUGUAAAGCUCAUAAACAACGAAGUAUAGGCAAACUGGCAGCUUCAAGGGUGUUGGAAAUGAAGCCAAAUAGGGCUGGAACUUAUGUGCUUUUAUCAAAUUUUUUUGCUGCUGAAGGUAACUGGACUGGUGCUGCCUGCUUAAGGAAGCUUAUGAGAGGUAUUAAAAAUAAGAAAGAGGCAGGGAUGAGCUGGAUUGAAUUGAAAAACCAGGUUUACAGUUUUGUUGUUGGAGGUGAAUUUGUUUCUUCAAACGAGCAGAUUGUUGAAGUUUUGGAAGUAUUGAUUACGCAUAUGAAAGAUUUUGGAUAUACACUUGACUUAGAUUGCUUUGUACAUGACCAAGAAAAUGAGGUUUGAACACAAGCCAUAUGGUUAAUAUGUCAUUGCCGAAUGCUCAGCUGUUCAUAGCAGCUCAUUUGGUUCAAUUCUUGCUAUCUCAAUCAACUUGUUCAUAAGAAACCGGAAAGAGUCCAGCAUUUUACAUGUUUUAGCAGAGAGAGUUGCUUCGAUUAGUUCAGAAAAUAGAAAUCAACAGAAAAUUAAUUGAAAGAAGAGCAGGUUAUCUUUUGAUUAAGUUCUGUUCUUUCUUGCUCUCAGGGACACAAGAAUAAUUUAUUAGAAGAGAGAAGACAAAAGUAGGAAGAUGUGGAAUCUUUCCAACAGCAAACAAAACGAAAAUUGUUUCCUUUCUUGCGUUGCUAAGUUGCUAACAAGCCAGGGUCCUAAGCUCUACAAAUGCUACAGACUAAAGAGGAAGGCAAAUAAUGGCAAUGAAUUUUGCAUGAGAUUUGUGAGCUUAGUCUGCUUAGAUGUUUGUAUACUUAGAAUCAAAUGAUAUUUGAUGCUGAUCAAGAAAGAUGAAAGAGGUAGUUAUUACUGAAUAGGGAUGACUGUUUCAUUCUGAUUGUGAUUUGAUGGGGAAAUGAAAUUAGGAAUCACACUCCUUGUUUUAUGCCAUU